AUGCGCAUGAGUCCUGUCUCGUUCGGCCGCCAUAUUCCUUGGUGGAAUCCUGGGCUGGCUCUGAUUAUCUUCAUAUUGUCGGACUGUGAACUUGCUGCUGCCGCCAUCUCUUCUUCUGCGCCAUUGAGUGUUACUCCGAGUUCAAACUGGAUUGGAUAUGAUGGCUCGUGGAGCUCGUAUGUUCUCGCUCCAGAGACAGCCGUUCCAUUAAAACGACUAUCCAUUCGGGUCGGAACGCCAUCGCAGUGGUUACAGGUAAUACCGAACACAGGUUCAUCGGAGACCUGGGUAAUCGGGCGUGGUGGGUGUGAUGCCACAAUGCGAUGUCGAAAAGAACGCGGUGGCCUGUUUCUCGCAAACGCUUCUACCACUUGGGCACAUGUUGGCCUCUACGAGUUGGGGAGUAACCUCCAACUUGGUGACGCAGGUUACGGCGACUAUGGUUACGAUGUCAUCGGCUUAAACAACGAUGCAUCCAUAGCGGACCAGGUUGUCAGCAUGGUCACGACUGUCAAAUGGUGGAUUGGUUCGCUAGGACUCGGCAUCACGGACACCAAUUUCACAGAUGAAAACAAGCUCUCUCUCCUGAGUAGCCUAGUACAAAACCAGAGCGUGGUUCCUAGCCAUAGCUACGGGUAUACAGCCGGCGCUUUUUAUCAGAUGAAAGGUGUACCGACCUCUCUCACCUUUGGGGGGUUUGAUAGAAGCCGAUUUACCGCUAAUGAUGUCUCCUUCUUCCUAUCACCAGACAACCUGCCCGCUGUUACCAUAAAGUCAGUCAAGAUUGGGAUUGCUUCGACGUCGAAUGCAAAUUUGCUACACGACGACCUUACCAUCGACCUCUCCGCCGUUGGCACCUUUAUAAUCGACUCGUCUACGCCAUUUUUAUGGUUUCCGGAGCAAAUUUGUGAUUCCUUCGCUGGCAAGCUUGGCCUGGUCUAUAACGAUACCCUCGACCUCUAUACUUACGGGCCUAAUGGCUCGACCUACGACACAAUCGCUAGCUCAAACGUAUCUUUCACCUUUACCGUUUCUGACCUCCCAGGCUCGUCCAAAUCUGUGGACAUUACUCUACCAUUUGCUGCGUUUGACCACAAGCUUACUUAUCCUUAUCCGGGCCUUGAUCGAAACCAAACCAGUGACGGACUUGGCUAUUUUCCACUUCGACGAACUAGUGACCCCAAGAAACUUACUAUCGGAAGAGUCUUUCUCCAAGAAGCAUACCUAACAGUCGACUAUGAACGGCGCAAUUUCUCUAUCUCCCAGGCCACCUUCAACCCAGAUUCCGGAAUUAGCAUGGAUCUUGUCGCCAUCACCCCUCCACUAGAUAGUACAUUUCCGGGCUCACCUAGUGAAAACACAGAACGAAGGAUAUCCACCGGUACUAUAGCUGGGGUGACUGUUGGCGUUUGUAUGGGUGUCAUGAUCGUCUCCUUGACUGCCCUGUACUUCUUCAAGAGACAGAGGUCCAAAGAGCUAGCGCUCAGCAAAAAAGAGGAACGCGCACCCCGGUUCACGUUUCCUUGGAAAUUCUGGCGCGGACCAAGUUCUCCCCCAAUGCCAGCAGAGUUAGUCGCGGAUAAGCACCACCCUGUCGAGGCUGACAACGCGGCUGUUCGUUAUGAACUGCCGGCAGCCGCUCCCGCCGAGCUGCCGGCAUCAGAGGUCUCGAGCUGCGGGUACGGAGACAUGCAAAAAUUAUCUCACGAUAUAGACGUUGAAGCAAACGGAAAUCCGCCUUUGAGAACCGGAAUGCAGUACCAGCAACUGCCCUCCAACCCAUCGGAGCAGUAUCUAGUCAGCCCGGUGGGACCAGGUUCGACCCUCGGCACAUCAGAACUAAAUAACAGUCUUGGCAUCCCAUCUCCCAUCGCUACAUCCACCAACUCCACCUCUCUUUCACAGAUACGACCUGAUUCGUCCCCUUCACUACUAACUUUCAACCGGACGUUGGAACCACCAGCUACGGGUACAGAAUCCAGCGCCCCUGAGAACCCUCAGCCUCAAAUUGAGCCGAACCAAAACCUCACAAGGAAAUUCAGUUGGGAGCAAUGA